AUGAAUUCUCGUGUCUCUGGUAAUAUUAACCGAACUAGAGAAGGAACCGAAAAAAUCCGACUCUAUUCCCCCCAAGAACAUCGCAACGAGGCACCACUAUCGCGUCAAGAAUAUAUGCAGAGGAUUUCGAAGGUUGAUCAAAAGAGAAUCAAAGAGAAGGAGGCAAGAAACCUUGGGAGAACUAUCAUAAAAAGGCAACAAAUUUGGAGAAAGGAUUCCUACGUUAACAGAUGA